AACAAGGAAUCUCUUACUAUCGCAUAGUCAUGAGAGGAGCGAUGGCACGCACCCUGAUGACGUUUCUAGGGGGGUGCUGAUACGAGCCCACCCACGGUCUCGACGCUAGCUCGACUGACAAUUAAUCAGAAUAUGCGAUACCAACGCCGCGAGAGGAUUCAUACUCAGUCGUCGAGUGUCCCGUUUGUUUCUUACAUCUAGUGCUUCCCGCUUCAGAGUGAUCGAUCACUCGACUUCGAUCUAAUUCGAUAAAAAACGAGAUCUCGACACAUUCCCAGAUGCCGUCGCUGAGGACUUUUCGCAUCGAGUUCGAUCGGCCAGGCGCUACUUACGCGCCCGGCGAACUAGUUACCGGCAACGUUAUCGUCGACCUGGUCAGGGAGAAAUCCAUCAGAGCGCUGAAAUUAUUAGUUAAGGGAGAAGCUAAUGUUAGCUGGAAGAGAUCAAGGACUGUCAACGAUUCUCGAGGAAAUCGCACCGAGGUUGAUCAUCUCCGAGCAAGCGAGCAGUAUUUUAAUCUGACUUAUUAUCUGUUUGCAAGUACAACAGGUGAUCAAGUGCGGAUGCCAGAAGGGUUUCAUAAAUACCCUUUUAAUUUUUCACUACCCUAUAAUAUACCAUGUAGCUUGGAACAUGUAAAUGGUCACAUCAGAUAUACGACGAAAGCGAUUAUUGAUAGACCAUGGAGAUUCGAUCAUGAAUGCAAGAUUGCAUUUACCGUUGUCGCAUCUUACGAUUUGAACGCUCACAGUCAACAAUGUCUCGGCAUAAACGACGAAACGAAUGAAAAUUUCUAUAGUUUCUGCUGUUUCAACAUAGGCUCGAUAAAGACGCGUAUUAAAAUACCAACAACUGGAUUCGUUCCAGGACAAUCGAUAGAUACGAUGAUCAACUUGAAUAAUAACAGCAGUGUCAAUGUAUCCAAGAUCUCCGUUAAAUUGGAACGAUCUUUGGAAUUCCACGCAAAAACACCGUAUAGUUCGACUAAAAAGGAUAAAUCAGUUGUAAGAGCCGAUGAAAGUAUGGGACCGUUUGACCGAUAUGUCGACCUUGUGUCACGAUUACAAGUUCCACCAAUACCACCAUCCCAAUUGGAAUAUUGCAGCAUAAUAGAUCAGAAAUAUACCUUAUGCAUCAUAAUUCACGUUUCAGGAAUGCAUUGCAACAUCACCAAGACUUAUCCGAUCUUGAUCGGGACAAUUCCACUGCGUUCAAUAAUUUCAUCUGUACCUUAUACACAAACCAUACAGCCUACAGCUCCUAUGAUGCAAUAUGAUGAUCCUCCCCCGCCAAUGCCAAUGUCUCCAGACUAUGCUCCACCAAAUAUACCUUACUCAGGACCCAUAGAUUUUGUUUCUGCAGAUCAACCUAGCACUUCAGUUAACCAGUGGGACAUACCGCCGCCAUCAUAUGAAGAAUGUAUGCAAAGAGCGGAUAGCAUUAAAGAUCAUAAUGAAUCAGAUUACGUGCAUGGUGCUAACGAGCCUUUCGCACCAAGAUAUCCAGUCUUUAAUUUUCCAACGACUUAUCCACCUGGAAAAUAAGACGAAAAACCCAUUCGGAAAAUAAGCACAGAUAAAACGAAGAGAGGAUUACAUCCCAUACCACCGACAAAGUUUUUUCUAUUUAAUGUGCUUGUCCCGUAAUACAAGCAAGCAUGCUAUAAAAAUGCAAAC